AUGAAUGAUAAAGUUUCAUAUAUUUAAUAAAAAAUAUUACUAUACUAAAUUCAGAGAAUUUAUAGAAAAUUAUUUAUUUCUCCUGAAUUGAAGCACCUGAAUUAUUUGGUGAAUAAGAACAACAUUAUGAAUAAUGAAUGGAAAUUAUAAUAAAAGAGAAUGAGAAGAUUGUUAAUUCUAAUAGAUAAUAUAUUUUUUAUUAUUAUUUAAUUGUAUAAUUCAACUAUAAAGUAAUGAAAAUAGAAAAAUUAUAAAUUUAAAGAAAAGCAAAUAUUAAAGUUAUCAGGAAUAAGAAGAAUUAAAAGUUAAAAAUCUCGAAAUCUUGGUCGUUUGA